AUGGCAAAUCAGGUUCGGUCAAUACAUGCUGAAGGGCAAGCACGCCUGCAUGUCGGCAAUAGUUAUUACGGCUCGAGCGACUUCCUCCCGACCGCAAACGAUGCAGCCUUCGACUCCCACGCGGAAGAGCAUAACGCCCGAUGCCACCGCGACACCCGAACCGAGCUCCUCCGUCAGAUCAGAGAACAAUCCUCACGGCGAGACUAUCUUUUGGCUGAACGGCAUGGCAGGGACAGGUCGUUCGCGGACGACGGCAUCCUCGGCGCGAGUUUCUUCUUCAAAAGAGAGGAAGGCGACCGUGGCAAAGCAACCUUGUUUUUCCCUACAAUUGCCAGCCAGCUUGUGCGCAAAAUCCCUGCCCUGGAGGCUUUUGUCAGAGAGGCUAUCAAUAACAACCCGGAUCCUCUGGAUCGUAUUCACCACGCUAUAGCUGUGAUCGUCGUUGACGCUCUCGAUGAGUGUGACGGUGACAACGACGUGAAGGCCAUCAUCUCCUUACUAUCACAAGCAAGGAAACUCCGCUCCCCAGGUUUGAAAAUCUUCAUUACCAGCCGACCUGAGCUGCCCAUUCGCCUCGGCUUCAAGAACGUUACGGGAGAGUAUCAGGACCUAGCACUGCAUCAAAUCCAGGAACCAAUCGUCGAACACGAUAUAUCUGCAUUCUUGCGACACGAACUCGCGAGAAUCAGGGACGACUACAACCACCAAACUCUCGAAGGCGUAGAGUUGCUGCCAAAUUGGCCCGGUGAACAUGCUAUUCGAACUCUCACUCAGAUGGCCGUCCCAUUGUUUAUUUUCGCUGCAACCCUGGAGAAAGUCUUGCAGUAUCAGAGGAAGGCCUACGGUUCCGAGCUCGGCAAGCUCGACGCGACAUAUCUCCCAGUUCUUAAGCAGAUCAUUACCGGACAUACUAAUCCGCAGAAGCUGUUAACUGCCGUCCAAGAUGUGGUUGGCCCCAUUGUCCUCCUCGCUCAGCCCCUUUCGGUGUUGUCGCUUGUGCAACUUCUCAACUUCUCCACUACAUUCAUAUGUGGCAGGCUCAACUCUCUCCACUCCGUCCUAAGCAUUCCCUCGAGGAUAGAUUCUCCUGUCAGACUCUUUCAUUUGUCCUUCCGUGACUUCCUCGUCGAUCCAACCAAGCGUGCUGCUGAGUUUUGGAUCGACGAGACAAAAUAUCACAAGUCACUUGCGGACAGAUGUAUUCAACUGUUGGAACAACACCUCAAGAGAGAUAUCUGCCGUCUAGAAGUACCGGGAAAGCUGCGGUCAGAGAUCGAUCAGCGAACUAUUGACGCCGCUCUGCCGCCCGAGACCCAGUACGCCUGUCAGUACUGGGUCCACCAUUUGAAGGAGGGUAGAAGCACCGUACAGGAUGGCGGCCCAGUCCACAGCUUCCUGACGAGCCAUCUACUUCAUUGGCUUGAAGCGCUCAGCCUCUUGGGCCGUAUCUCGGAGAGUAUCAGCAUGGUAGACGAUUUAUUAACCUUUCUACAUCCCACAAGUGCUACUGAGAUAUCUGCAUUCCUCUGUGAUCUGAAACGGUUUAUUUUAAACAGUCAAUGGAUUAUCGACAUAGCGCCUCUUCAGAUAUACGCUUCAGUACUUGUGUUCAGCCCGGCCCGCAGUAUAACAAGAGGCAUAUUUAAGCAAGAAGAACGGAAGUGGAUUACUAGCGGGCCAAUUGUACAAGAUAGUUGGAAUGCGUGGCGGCAGACGCUAGAGGGGCAUAGCGAUCCGGUCUCGUCAGUCGCGUUUUCGCCGGAUUCGAAGUGGAUUGCCUCCGGGUCAGGCGAUCGCACCAUUAAGAUCUGGGAUCUCGAAACUGGAUCAUGCCAGCAGACGCUACAGGGGCAUGGCGGUUCGGUCUAUUCGGUUGCAUCUUCGCUUAACUCAACAUUAAUUGCAUUCCGAUCAGAGAAGACGUCAUGGCAUUGGCGAUACAGAUGAUUGAGAUCUGUCAUGAAUUGGCGAUCCAGAUGAUCGAGAUUCUGUCAUG